CCAGCUGAGCGCCGGAGCCCAGGCCGCCUCGCCGCCGCCGCCCGGCCUCCCUGCGCGCGCUCCACCAUGGACAGUCCUGUUUUCACCUCGUAAAGAUGGCGGUGCGGGAUCGCUGCAACCUUUAGACUAAUGACUGUCCGAAACAUCGCCUCCAUCUGUAAUAUGGGCACCAAUGCCUCUGCUCUGGAAAAAGACAUUGGUCCAGAGCAGUUUCCAAUCAAUGAACACUACUUUGGAUUGGUCAAUUUUGGAAACACAUGCUACUGUAACUCCGUGCUUCAGGCAUUGUAUUUCUGCCGGCCGUUCCGGGAGAAUGUGCUGGCAUACAAGGCCCAGCAAAAAAAGAAGGAAAACCUGCUGACAUGCCUGGCAGACCUCUUCCACAGCAUUGCCACGCAGAAGAAGAAGGUUGGCGUCAUCCCACCAAAGAAGUUCAUUUCAAGGCUGAGAAAAGAGAACGAUCUCUUUGAUAACUACAUGCAACAGGAUGCUCACGAAUUUUUAAAUUAUUUGCUAAACACUAUUGCGGACAUCCUGCAGGAAGAGAAGAAACAGGAAAAGCAAAAUGGAAAAUUAAAAAAUGGCAACAUGAAUGAAACUGCAGAGAAUAAUAAACCAGAACUCACCUGGGUCCACGAGAUUUUUCAGGGAACGCUCACCAAUGAAACUCGAUGCUUGAACUGUGAAACUGUUAGUAGCAAAGAUGAAGAUUUUCUUGACCUUUCUGUUGAUGUGGAGCAGAACACAUCCAUUACCCACUGUCUAAGAGACUUCAGCAACACAGAAACACUGUGCAGUGAGCAAAAAUAUUAUUGUGAAACAUGCUGCAGCAAACAGGAGGCCCAGAAAAGGAUGAGAGUAAAAAAGCUGCCCAUGAUUUUGGCCCUACACCUAAAGCGGUUCAAGUACAUGGAGCAGCUCCACAGGUACACCAAGCUAUCUUACCGGGUGGUCUUCCCUCUGGAACUCCGGCUCUUCAACACCUCCAGCGAUGCAGUGAACCUGGACCGCAUGUAUGACCUGGUCGCCGUGGUUGUUCACUGCGGCAGUGGUCCUAAUCGUGGGCAUUAUAUUACUAUUGUGAAAAGUCAUGGCUUCUGGCUUUUGUUUGAUGAUGACAUUGUAGAGAAAAUAGAUGCUCAAGCUAUUGAAGAAUUCUAUGGCCUGACGUCAGAUAUAUCAAAAAAUUCAGAAUCUGGGUAUAUUUUAUUCUAUCAGUCAAGAGAAUAACUUCAAGAACUAUGGAACUAAUUCUGGUGGGGGGAAAUGUUCAAAGCACUGUUACUGGUUUCUCUGCAGAUCUUCCUCCCCAGCAGCCCACUAAUGGUAUCACUCCAAGUCUCCAUGGUCUGGCUGUGUUGGACUCGCUCCUUUGUUUUUUUGCAUACAGCACUACUCUUGGUUUUAUUUUGGUCUGAGGUAGAGUUAACUGCAAUCAGAUUGUAGUAAGAUUUGUAUGAAUAACAGUUGCUAAUUUUAGGAUUGGAUGAAUGCUAUGCCACUCAUUAUGUCUGGCUGAAUUAGAAUGACAUUUCCUAUGAAUGUCUACAGUCUAUUUUGAGUGUUUGCUAAACUUUCUAAAUGGCUUCCAGGGUCUUCUUACAAUGCAUUCCUUUAACUUGUCACCCUGGAAGCACUGCUACCCAUUUGUAGCUCCUCUGCCUCUUCUCAGACAGCAGGACAGAAGAAUUGGGUAGAUGUUCACCUUUUAGGGCUGCAACCAUAGCUUUAAGUUUGUGCAAGUGAAAAUGUUUAAAAGUGAGUAACCUCGAUACUAAAAUCAUCCUCCACGUGGACCAGGGAGAAGAGAAGCUGUUCCUGGCGGCUAGCAUCUGCACCAGGCUGUGCUUACGCGGCGCUAGGAUUCCAGGGGCUUAGAAGGUAUGGAGCUCAGGGCAGGCAAAGCCGAGAGGAACAAGUCUUUGCGGACAGUGAAAAGUUACUUUUCUUAUCUUUCUACCAAAACCAAGUUUCAGGAAAAUAACCCUAUGCUGUUUAUUUUUAGUGACACUUUCCUUCUGUAAGGUCCUGUGAGUUCUGUUUAUCCUGUAUCUGGCACUACUAUGCCUUUCAAGGUAUCUUUCCAAUCCUGCUGAUGUUUUGCAGUCUGUGGUUGCAGGGCUGAGGCCCCACGUCGGCUGCCUCUGGCACAGCUGUCCUUAGCCAGUCAGCACCGACAUCGCUCUUAUAAGGAGGAACUGCACCUUUGCAACUGUCAGCCGCCUCGUACAACUUACUUUUUCAAAUAUAUUCAGCCUGUUUACUGAGGCACUGGUGGGUCCCAGGGCUAAAGGGAAUCUUCCCUCGAGGGGAUCCUGAAGUUAGCUGGGUGUGAAGGUGGGUCACAGGAGGUGUCAGUGGCAGGUGGAGGAAUGGACAAAAUGGCGGCUAUUUCCUUAGCUCAGACUCCUAGAAUGCUUGACAAGACAGUUUUUUGGAAGAACCUCAUCUCACUAUAGUUACUUUUACUCUUCUCACUUUUGUUAUAUAUAUAUUUAUUAGAGCAUUUGAGUAUUGGUACCUUUUAUUCAAAGGGUCGAUUUGCUGUUUUGCCAUUGAGCUGGUUUUUUGAUUUCCUACGAAUACUAUGAAUCAUAGAUCUUGGCUUCCUUUGGGAAGUCAGUUGACUUCCAAACACUAUAAUAUACUGUGAACGUUUUAUUUUGUUACUUAGUACAUCCAUGAACAAAUGCGCAAACUUUUGGCAUAAUGUGAACUAAAAUUGAAAUUGAAAAUGUUAGUGGCCAUUUUGCAACAAUGAAGAGGAUAGCACUUUAUCUAGAUGAAAACUGGAUUUCUUAUCUUUGAAAUAUCUCGAACUGUUUGUUGCUCAGAACCUAAAUAAGCAUGCCACCACUUCACUUGUUCAUGCUUGAAGUGAAAUGUUUUACCUUUCACUGGAGAAGACAAAACAGGGUGAGCUUCAUGCUAUUGUUUUAUACAAGGGACGAAAAUGUACCUUGCCUUGUUUAGAGGCAAAUUCAUAUUUAUAAAUAUUUUGCCUUUUUUCCUCCAUGAAACAUAUACAGUAAUCACUUACCUAGAAGGUGAGUCUUUUAUUCUUUUUUUAAGGAGAGGCACUUUCCAAAUGAAGGUGAUAUAGGGAAAUGUUUGUACUGUAUAUGACCCAUAUAUUUGACUGCACAUUACAAAGUUUAAGAAAAUGAUAGUUGAUCUCUAAUAUAUUUGG